UUGUUUGAAUACAUCCGAGACAGUCGAACUAAAGAUGUUAUUCUUCAAUAUCACAGUGUCGCGAUAAGCCUAAAAGAAAAGACGUGUUAUUAUUUUUAGUGUGAGUGUUUCGUAAUGGAGUGACGACAAGACAAGGGUAUCACUUGUUUGGAUAUUUGUCUUUGACAGUUUACUAAAUAAAGUAAAACGUAAAUAAUUUAUACAAGUACAAAAUGAAGUUUGUGACUAAGAUCCUAACAUGUGUUCAAAUAAACUGUGAAACAAGAAAUAUGUUGUGCCCGCGUUGCCAAAAGAAGAUUAUUUAUCGGUUUCUACAUGUGAAUCGAUAAAAAAUUCCUCGGAUACAUUAUGAACUUCUUCCAAUCCAAAGAGUUUAAAGAAUUUUUUCUCUUUCGAGAUCCCCCAACUAACAAGCAUGGAGUAAAGAAGACGUCGUGCAAGUUAUCUCGCAUCUGCCUGGCCAGCCAUCUUAGGCUUUGUGUUUCUUCCCAGUGGUUAAAUCCAAUGCUUCAAGCUGUUCGGGGACGUGGAAAGAGUUCUUCAUCCCUUCGAGUUGUCUAGCAGACUCUCGAGAGUGUUUCCUGGGUCGAGUCUGGCAACUUUUCACCAAGCCACCGGAGCGGGGACUUCCGCCGGGGUGACGUGGUGGUCGAUGAUGAACGGCGGCAUCUACGAGGAGAGCCCGCCGCCGGCGCCCCAGAGCGCCGCCACGCCGAUCAGCAACAGCGGCAUGACGAGCCCCGCGGCGCCUCCUCCCGCCACCACCUCCGCCACCUCCAGCUCGUCGCCGGCGAGCGUCACCAGCAACAGCGGCUCGGCGGGGCCGCUCCACAUCCCCGCCAAGCGCCUGCCGUACGGGGAGUGCGCCGAGCCGGGCGUCAUCCGCCACCACGGCCAGCCGUGGAACUACUCGCCCUCGGACAACCACUUCGAGCCGCCGGUGCACCACCAGUACCCCAACGCGCCCACCUACUACAACCUGGCCGACCCCGCCGCCGCCCGCGACUCGCGCAAGACAGCGCUCUUCUGGUCGCCGGCGGCGGCCGCCACCGCCGCCAACAACACCCCCGAGUACAAGUACUCGAGCGUAUCGGCGGCGGGGCCCAGCGACCCCUCGGUCUCCUCCUGCCACCAGGGCUUCUCCUCGUCGUCGUGGUGCAACUACUCGGCCUACUCCUCCGCCUCCAGGCACCACGUGGACCCCCACCAGGCCGUCCCCUAUCUCACGCCUGCAGAUGACCGGGGGCGAGUCGCCGCCGCCGCAGCCAUGGUCGCCGAGAGCAGCUUCGCCCAUGCCCACGAUGGGGGCUACGGACUGAGAAACUACGGACCCGAACCUGUUCCCUCCACACCGUACCCUCCACCAGUUAUGUGGGGAUCAUCCCCAUCUCUUUUUUCCUCAGGUUCUCUGGGUUCGAUGGGCGUGAGCGUUCCGUGCGGGACGAGCGGCAACCCCCUGGAAUGGACGGGCCAAGUGACCGUCCGGAAGAAACGUAAACCCUACUCGAAAUUCCAGACGCUCGAGCUGGAGAAAGAGUUCCUUUUCAACGCCUACGUUUCGAAGCAGAAGCGGUGGGAGCUGGCUCGCAACCUCAACCUGACGGAGCGGCAGGUGAAGAUCUGGUUCCAGAAUCGGCGGAUGAAGAACAAGAAGAAUUCGCAGCGGCAGGCGGCGCAGCAGCAAAAUAACAACAACGCCGCCACCAACAACCAGAACCACCACGGGACGCACCACCACGCCGCGCACCACAUACACGCCCAACACCACGUGGUCAACCACCACGUCUCGGCCAACGGCAGCCUGAAGCACCAUCAGUGACCUAUGGCCUUUUCCGGGGUUGUUUUGGGCCAUCACGGGCUGGCCACCUAGGCCCCGUGCCACAGACUGUUCGAAGGGGUGUGGACUUGCGCAACCCUGGAAUGAACGUUCUUUGCAGUGCCAAAGAGUUAAUUAGGAAAUUUAGGUAUGUGAACGGACGAUAUGGACUUUUGGGCGUGUGCAAAUUAAUUUUGGUGCGAAGCACAUCGUACCCGUUGUUGGGGUAUCGAGAUUAUUGUACCUAUUACUGUACGUGAUGAAUAUUUGCAGCAUGUAAGACUUCUUGUACAUAAAAUGUCGACUGUCGUUGUCAUAGAUUGUAAUUCGUUGGUAAACCUUCAAAGUGUAAUCAAUGUUGCCUGUAGUUCAAUGUGUAUAGUAAAUUAUUGCAGGUAUAGAUGCUAACAUUACCAGCCAUAAUUUCCCUGUGUUACUUAAGUUUUUAUCUCCCAGUUUAUGUAUAUAUUAAAUAAAAAAAAUACUAUUUAGGUACCUGUAAAUCUGUGGCUUGUUGUAUACGGUUGAGCAAAAAUUUUAAUUUUCGUUGACAGUUUUUUAGUUGAUCUAAAUAUAUUGCUUGGUGUAAUGUCACUUACUACUGUAAUAUAUUUUGAAAAAAAACUUCUCUAGAAAUCCGAAUUUUAUUAAUAUUAACUAUUAAACAUGUACUAACUGACCUAAGAAAUAGGUUUUCUUCGUCGCGUGUCUGUAUCAACAUAAAGGAAUUUUUAUUAUUCCACCUAGCUAAAAGGAAGUGUAUAUAAUCUCGAUUUGAAAAAUGUUAUUUCUAAUAGAAAAAUAAUAUGUAUUUUAUUUUCUAUCGAACCGAUUUUUAUUUCAAUUAGAGUAAGUGAACGCAAAUUGUGUUCAUUACCGGCGCCAAUCACGUUGCAAUUUUUAAAAUGAUCUCUGAUUGUGCGCACAUGUUAUACUUAGUUGACUACUUACGUUUUACUUUCAAAAAUUAAGUUUGCUAAUUAUUUAUUGACGACGUUUGCGAUUAGAAUUUUAAAUUUAUGUAAUUUUUAAAUCAUUUUCUACCUAAAUGUUUUAUUAUGAUCUUUGUAUUUUUACUUGUUGUGUUCAAAAUACAUAUUGUUGUGUUUAUGUAUGUAUAUGUAUACACAUAAAUAUUAUUAAGUAUCCCCU